AAUUAAGAAGAAAUUUUUUAGAAAAAUUGAAGAAAUUCUUCGUUCUCAUACGUAUACGGAAAAGAACAUACGGCAACGUGAACAAGACGUGAAAAAGUUAUUUUCGGAUGAAAUUUAAUAAUAAUACGGCACAGUGGUGCAUGUGAGCGAGAUUAUUUACUUGAACAUACCAAAGACGUGAGUGUGAGAAAAAAAAGUAAUAAUAAUAAAAAAUUGCGAAUAAUUCAUCAUCAUCUGUUGUUCAAACCCAACUAUUUUCGAAGAGACUUUGAAAAGUGAAUCAAAAAAUCCUUGGAUUUAAUUUUAGCAGAUCGAGAAAUAUUUUUUUGACCGAAUUUCCGCAAACAACAAAUGAACAAAAAUGGAACAAUUUGAGCAACUGUUGACUUGUUGCGUGUGUCUCGACAGAUACCGCAACCCGAAACUCUUGCCAUGCCAGCAUUCGUUCUGCAUGGAGCCAUGCAUGGAUGGACUUGUGGAUUAUGUGCGGCGACAGGUGAAAUGUCCGGAAUGUCGUGCCGAACAUCGGAUACCGUACCAAGGCGUACAAGGAUUUCCCACAAAUGUCACGCUGCAACGUUUCCUCGAGCUACACAUUGAAAUUACCGGCGAGCUUCCGGAUCCAACAUCAGGUCAAACGAUGGAACGCUGUAAUGUGUGCUCGGAGAAGAAUUACUGCACGUUGUGCGUUCAUUGCGAAAAGAAGAUUUGCCCAGACUGCAAAUCGGCGCACAUGGAUAUCCUUCGUCGGGAAAUUGUUCGUGUGAAUAAUCAAAUUCGUCGUGGCAUCCAUCGUUUGCAAGACACGCUGGCACUCGUCGAGAAAAACAUGCAAAAUCUCUCGACGAACUGCAAUUGUGUGACUGAGGAAAUUGAUGAGAUGAACAAACGUCUGUUCCGUGCCUUGCGGGAUCGCACAGACUACCUGAAAGGAGAAGUAGAUCGUUAUGUUACGACAGAAAUGAAAAACUUACGUACGCUCAAGGAGAACUUGGAGCUAGAAAUUGCCAAUAUUACGAGUAAUUGUGAUCUAGCUGACAAACAUAUGACCGACGCCGUCGAAUGGGAUGACUGCGAACUCGUCGAUACGAAGGAAAUUUUCCUCAAAACUGUCGAGUUUAUGCGUAAUUUCGAGUACGAAACUGCCGACUAUAAUCGUCGUGUGCGUUUCACGAUGGCGCUCGAUCCGAAUCAGCUGGUUAUGAAUGUCGCCAAUUACGGUGACCUGAAUAUCAUUCACCCAGCGCCGAGCUCAGGCACGAGCGGUUUACUACAAGCGCCAGUCGGUCCGGGAUUGUUACGCAGCAAAUCCGAUCAUCGUCUGGCAACACAAUUCCGACAACAAGAAGCUCAAGGUUUGCUCAACGAUGACGAACCCUUGCUUGGAGGUCGUAAAUUCGGCGAAAGACCCGUAAAAGCAGCUGCUUCGCAUAACGAUCGUUAUGGCAGAGGAGGAAACGACUAUGGGGGCGGUGAUGAUUACGAUAACGAAUCGACAUCAUCUCGUCCGAAAUCUCGUUUCCGUUCGCGCUUUGUACGCGGGCAUCAAGACGACAACGAUUCCGAUAACGAAAGCGCUCGUCAACUCGAAGCGGCGAAAAGUCAAAAAGAUAAGAACAAGAUAACGAGUACGGAAGACACUUCCAAGGGACCUCUAAGUGGUAUUUUCCGCUUGAUGGAUUCGCCGCGUGUGAUGAAACGUUUACAAGACAUGGAACGUGGGCCAGUACAGAAAAAAGUGACACCGCCGCCGACAGCAGCGCCUCCAACGGCGAAACAAGCGACAGCAGCGCCUCCUGUGGCGGGUCAAAAAAAGACUACAAACCGCCAAAUGUCAGAAGAUGAAAUUGACAGGAUUAAGCGACAGAAUAAGGGAGCAAGUUCAAGUGCGACAGCGGCAGCUACAGGCGUCACAGAGCCUGAACGCCCAACGGCAGAUCGCUCCAAGACACCGGCGACAGCUGCAAAUAAGCAGACAACGCGUGCCCCCAGCAACGAAUCCAGCGCCUCAUCCGAUAGUGCAAAUGCCGCCGCCGCAGCAGCAGCUGCUUCUGCCAAUGGGACGCAAGAAAAGAAACCAUUUCAAUCGCGAUUUCUGAACCAACCUUUGACCACGGAACCGCCGAAAAAGGAGGAAACUGAGUCAAGUAGCGAGGAGGAAACGAGCGAAGAGGAAACCGAAAGCGAAGAAGAGUCUGAGGAAGAAUCAAAGCCCGCAGCGAAACCAUCAACGACAACAACGCCAUCUCGUGCUGCCGAUCCAAAGCCUGAUACGAGCUCUUAUCGCACCCGAAGCUCUCAAAUGCAAGAUGAAGCUCGAAAUGAUUCGCGAAGAAGUUCACGAGAAGAACCGAGAUCGGCGUAUGGACAAAGUGCAGCGAAUGCGUAUAAAUCGAGUCCGACGCAUAGCAGCUUUGAACGGGAUGAAAGCCCCAAAUAUGGAAGAGUAAGAAAUUCAGCGACGACAGCGACAGUUCCCGAGCCAGAGACGGAAAGUCGUUACAGUAGCAGUGGGUACUCCAGUCGAUUCCUCAACAAGAGUAAAAGCACAGCAGUUGUGCCUCCGGAAGAGGAGGAAGACUCCGAUAGUCGCUACGGAACGGGACGCCAACGGUACAUGGCGCUAAAGGAGCGUCGUACACGCUUGGCACGCAGCAAAUCCUCGCACAACUUUGGCAACGACGACGACGAUGAUGAUCCGCCGUCGCCAACAACUGUCUCUCCAGCCGCUUAUCUGGCAUCCAGAUACGGACCUUCAUCAAGUCUGGCUGGAAGUGAAUUGUCUCGCAGUCGUUCAACGCAUGUCUUGAAGUCGAGAGAAAAUUCGCCCGAACGAGGAGCUGCAGGAUCAUCUGGCAAAGAUGGUGCUGAGCUCAGUUCUUGGGCACGUUACUUAAAGAACAAAUAUGGCACAAGAUCGCGCGAAUCCAAAGAUACUCCGAGCGCCUCAACAUCCGAUCGUCAUGGCGGAAGCAGUUCCUCCUCAAGUGCCGUGACACCAACAUCGACAGCACGUCGUCUCAGUUUGGGCUUGCCCUUGCGCCAAGCCAACGAUUUCAGUUCCGACGACGAUUCAAAAAACGCGCAAGGCUCCCCUACCUCUCCUACGGUAGCAGCCGCUAUAGCAGGCCUGGCAGGUUUGUCCCCUAGGGCACAUUACCUCCAGAAGCGCCGUCAAUUGUUUCAAAUUGGGGGCAGGGGAGCAGAACCCGGCUCAUUUACGUGGCCACGUGGUAUUGCCGUCGGCGCCGAUAAUGCGAUUGUCGUUGCCGACUCGUCGAAUCAUCGCGUUCAGGUGUUCGACGAAAACGGGAUUUUCCAAAAGGAAUUUGGGCAGUACGGAAACAGCGAUGGCGAGUUUGAUUGUCUCGCCGGCAUCGCUGUCAAUCGCAUCGGGCAGUUCAUCAUUGCCGAUCGCUACAAUCACCGCAUACAAGUGCUCGAUCCGUCGGGACGCUUUGUGCGUGCGUUUGGGUCCCAGGGAACAUCCGAUGGGAAAUUCAACUAUCCAUGGGGCAUCAGUACGGAUCAACUUGGAUUCAUUUAUGUUUGCGACAAGGAAAAUCAUCGUAUUCAGGUUUUCCAAUCCGAUGGCACAUUUGUUGGCAAAUUCGGCACUUGUGGCAAUAAAGAAGGUCAACUUGAACAUCCUCAUUACAUCGCUGUGUCAAAUAAUAAUCGAGUUAUUGUCUCUGACUCGAAUAAUCAUCGAAUUCAGAUCUUCGACAUCAAUGGGCGCGUUUUGUCAUCAUUUGGCAGCGAAGGAUCUGAAGAAGGCCAAUUCAAGUUUCCACGCGGCGUCGCUGUGGAUGAACAUGGCUUUAUGGUAGUCGCUGACAGCGGUAACAAUCGCAUCCAGAUUUUCCAUCCGGAUGGCAGCUUUUUGCGCGCCUUCGGAUCUUGGGGAAGCGGCGAUGCCGAAUUUAAGGGAUUGGAAGGUGUCGCGAUCAUGAAUAAUGGCAGCAUUUUAGUGUGUGAUCGAGAAAAUCAUCGUGUCCAAGUUUUUUAAUUUUUUAUUAUAAAUUUUAUUUUUGCCCACGAAUUGCGAAUUUUUUGUUUCGUACAAAAAAGUUUCGUUAAUUCACUCAAAACAAUAAUUAUUAAAGUCCCGCUCUUUCCAACAAAUUUAUGUAUAACAAAAGAAAUCGCAUUUUAGGUAAAAUCGUAAAAUCUUCGCAGUCAGUUAGAUUUACAAGUAUUUGAAGUUUUUUUUUAACACACAACUCCACUCAUUUUCUGUUUUUUAGACAAAAAAUUAUAAUUAAAACACUUUUUUAUU